GGAAGCUGCUUCUGCUGCUGUUGCUGCUGCUGUUGUUUCAGGGAUAUUAAAACAUGGACAGUCAAGGGAGGAAAGUCGUGGUUUGUGACAAUGGAACCGGGUUUGUUAAGUGCGGCUAUGCAGGCUCCAACUUCCCCGAACACAUUUUCCCAGCGCUGGUUGGCCGGCCAAUCAUCCGCUCCACAGCUAAAGUUGGAAACAUUGAAAUCAAGGACCUGAUGGUGGGAGACGAGGCUAGCGAGCUGCGCUCCAUGCUGGAGGUGAACUAUCCCAUGGAGAACGGCAUCGUCAGGAACUGGGAUGACAUGAAGCACCUGUGGGAUUACACCUUCGGCCCCGAGAAGCUCAACAUCAACUCACGCGACUGCAAGAUCCUUCUGACCGAGCCGCCAAUGAACCCGACCAAGAACAGGGAAAAGAUCAUUGAAGUGAUGUUUGAAACGUACCAGUUCACCGGAGUUUACAUCGCCAUCCAGGCCGUCCUCACUCUCUACGCUCAAGGGCUGCUGACUGGUGUUGUGGUCGACUCCGGCGACGGCGUCACUCACAUCUGUCCGGUGUACGAAGGUUUCUCGCUGCCUCACCUGACCCGACGCCUCGACAUCGCAGGAAGGGACAUCACACGCUACCUCAUCAAGCUGCUUCUGCUGCGAGGUUACGCCUUCAACCACUCCGCUGACUUCGAGACGGUGAGGAUGAUGAAGGAGAAGCUUUGCUACGUCGGUUACAACAUCGAGCAGGAGCAGAAGCUGGCGCUGGAGACGACGGUGCUGGUGGAGUCCUACACGCUCCCGGACGGCAGGGUGAUCAAGGUGGGAGGAGAGAGGUUCGAAGCCCCCGAGGCUCUGUUCCAACCUCACCUCAUCAAUGUGGAGGGGGUUGGCGUGGCCGAGCUGCUCUUCAACACCAUCCAGGCUGCAGAUAUCGACACCAGAUCUGAGUUCUACAAGCACAUCGUCCUGUCCGGAGGCUCCACCAUGUACCCCGGCCUGCCGUCCCGCCUGGAGCGCGAGAUGAAGCAGCUUUACCUGGAGCGAGUCCUGAAGGGAGACGUCGACAAACUAUCGAAAUUCAAGAUCAGGAUAGAGGACCCCCCUCGGCGUAAACACAUGGUGUUCCUGGGCGGCGCCGUGCUGGCCGACAUCAUGAAGGACAAGGACAACUUCUGGAUGACGCGAGAGGAGUACGAGGAGAAAGGGACAAGAGUGCUGGAGAAGCUGGGUGUCACCGUCAGAUAAAACACACACACACAUACAAAAACACUUCCCAGUCCUCCACAAUGUACCUCCAUCUACUCCAUCACUUGACAUCCAUGCAUCGCUCACCUCGAUGUGUCUGGAAGGUCACAAUGUGUCUUCAAUUCACACACAUUAUGAUAAAAGGGAGGGAUAGAAGGAGGGAGGGCAGGGCAGGGAGGGAAAAUAGGGAUGAAGGAUGUGGAGUUUUGGGGGAAAAGAAGUCUCCUGUGAAGGCAGGAAAUUAAGAAUACAAUGUUUUUUUGAGAUACAUGAGGCAUUUAAAGGAAAAGUUUGACAUCUUGGCAAACGUAUUGUCUUUCUUGCUGAGAGUUAGCAGAGAGGAUUCAUACCACUCUCACAUCUGUGCAUUAAAUAUGAAGCUGGAGCCAGAACAUGAUAACCUUACCAUAAAGAUUGGAAACAGGGGGAAACAGCUAAUCUGGCUCUGUCCUAAGGUUACAAACAUCUGCUUACCUGCACUUUUAAAGAUCACUGAAAAACAUCCAUAUUGUAUUUGUGUAAUUCGUACAAAAGCGUGAAGUAUAUGUGGUGACUUUGUGCAGGAUUUACGUCAUUGUGAGGUUGCCGGAAGAAGUAGUCGCUACAUAAACCCCCUUAAAACCACAAUUUAUCACUUUUACACUUAGAUUUCAUUACGAAUGAAUCAAACAGGAUAUAACGUGUUAAUUAAAGAUCUUUUUGAGGUGCUUUUAGGCUGAUUUUAUAACCUUUGGACAGAGCUAUACUUGAUAUGUUCAACAUGUUUCCAAUCUUUAUACUAAGCUUAGCUAACUAUCUACCGGCUCCAGCUUCAGAUAUAAGAGUGGUAACAAUCUUCUUAUCAAACUCUCAGCAAGAAAGCAAACGUUUAGUAAGAAAAUAAAUAAAAAUAAAUACAUUUCCCAAAGUGUGGCAUUAAAAAUGGCGGAGUGUUUAAACUUAAAAAUGUCCCUUAAGAGACCAAUUUACUUUCAAUUUGUGUCUGUCGAGCGAUUCCUCAUAAAGCCAGAUUGAACUCUGGUCCGUUUUCGAGAUGAAGACGACGACAGUGAUUAUUAUUAGUGAUGCAUUUGAGUUCGGCUCCAAUAUGAGACCUCCGCCAUGUGAAAAAUGUGUCACCUGCUCUGAAUAGAAUAAUCCAGACUGAUACUCGCAGUGUGGAGCAUUAAAGAGAUUAGAUAUCCGAACAAAUAGAUCAUUACAUACUGUGUCUUUUUAAAAUACAGGUCAUCAAAUACCACGUUGCCCUCGCCCCAAAUGUCCAGUUUAAUGUCUUGAAACCCUUCGUUGAGUCACUGGACUGAAGGUGCAGAAGGGCAGGCAGAUAUUUUUAACUUGAUGUGACUUUUGCUCGAGCUGGGACGUUCAUAUCUUUCACAAGAGGCUGGAAAGAUUGAGAAAACUUUGAAGGAAACUCUAAAUUCCUCAGUCUUUUUGUCGUCUUGGCUUCUUCUUGGAUUUGUGGUUUGAUUUGUGGUGGUAAGCAGGGUUUGGGGUAUGGAAACAAGCCCAUUUGUAUCCUGCUUACAACCUACAAAUCAUCCAUCACACAUCAAAGACCGCUUGACGUAUAAGGAAACGGUUUUGAUUUCUCGACAAUUACAAAGCAUAAAGUCCAUUCCUUAGCGCUGAUGAAGGACAUCAACUAUGCACCAAAUUCCUGCGACACUACUUCCCCUGAAAUCGGACUUUUGAGCGACUCUGCGUCACGUUAAAAGUACCAACUACCAGAUGGUAGGCUUUUUAGUGACCAACAAUAGACGAGUGCAAUGACUCAAAGAGACUUUACAGAAAAAGAAGAAAGAAUUAAAACACAGGAACACAUAAAAUAUCAAUAAAUGCUUUCCAAUAAAGUGUUUAAGACUAAAACUGACUAAGAAAGGUCUCUUCCAUUGCAGCCAAUACAAACUUUUGUUUGCCAGACGCUAAAUGAAGAAAUUUACUGUUUUAUUUUAUUAGUAUUACUGUAAUAAAGAUUGGGGUCACCAAUGGCAGCACUGAACACAAGUCGGUGAGUCUUUUCCUUUCAGUGGACGUGACUCCUCGCUCUCUAUACUCACGAGAGCGAAGGAAUUUAAUUUGUCAAAAUGAGACGGCCUCGCUCGCUCCAGCAUCAUUUUCGGGAGAUAUAGUUAUUCAUGACUCACAGCACCUCAACUGUCACAGAAUAUAAUUAAUAUUACAGUAAAACUAUUUCCACAACAGGCCGUUUGUUCCCUUUACCGUCCCGUCAGAUCAGCUAAACGGGGAGUUGUAGGAUAGCACCUGUAGUCCUGUAGUCACUUGCUCACAUUUCAGGGAUUGAAGCUUCCUCGAUGACGGCUGAUCUGGAUUAUUUCCUGGUCACAGAUCAGUGGAUGGAAGAAGCAUGAUUAACAGGAAGAAAGCACACAAAAGAAAUGCUGCAACAUGUUUUUGUUUGUUUUUUCUUGUAUCGACGGUAGUAGAAGAAAAACCUUUCUUGGUCAGAGCGAAUUUCCAACCAUCUGGUCAGCCUGUAUUCCUGUAACUCAUCAUCUGAGUCACUCAAUGACAGAAAUGUUCUGGGAUGUGUAGUACGAUGUUCCUGUUUCAGGGUUAGUCAUUCCUCUUGUUACUAUUUGCAACAUGCUUUCAAUUCCAGCUUCUUUUUUCACUUUUUGUUUCAUUCCUUUCUUGGUUUCUGAUUAUUGCUUUUGUGCUUUUUGUUUCAGUUGAGACCGGGCUUUGCCUUUUAUUAUUUGUAGGAUUGUUCAGCCGAUUUAUGAUUGCAUCAUUGCCUGAGUUCACUAAAGGGCCCGAACAGCUGAUCUGGGUUCAGUCAUUGCUUAUAAAUCAAUUGUAAACUGUUGGUGAACAGAUUCAUUGGCUGGUCCUGGAUCAGAUAUUAAGGGCAAAAUGAAGCAUAUCCUGUUUUCAGAGGAAAUCACCAGAAGGAAAUAAUCAAUAUGUUGGUGUUAUAAGGAGAAAGGAGGAGUGGACGGUAAAGUCACUGUCAGCUGAUGAGGUUUAGUCAUGUAAACAUUUCUUGAACUUUAAAUGAUCUCAUUGGUUGAGAUGAAGCUCAGUAAAUGGAACAAUUGUAAUGUAACCUGAGAGCGAAUCUGAAGAAGAGGAGAAAGUUAAUAUUAUGCACUUCAGCUAAAUGCUUGGUAAAUGUGGUUGUUAUAGAUAAAGUAGCCUUUUUUAUUAACCUCAGAAAGAAGAUCCACCAGCCAAUCAGGUACAGAGUAAUGCUCUUAUAUGCCAUCAGCCGGGGGUUAGUUAUAAACUUUAGACUCAGUACUACAGUACUCAUGAGCCUCAGCAGCUAUUUCUAUAUAGCAGAUACUAACUAGAGCUGUUGGGGUCACUGGGUUGUUGCAAUCAAGACCAAAGACUCUCUAACCAGUGAGAUCAUUCUGGGAUGUUUGUGCAUAUAAAUCUUUUAAGGAUAAGGCUGGCACUAUUUCUCUUCUUGUCAACAAAUCUCAUGUUUGGAUCCAAACCAACAAUCAACUGAUCUCCGAGUAUUUUGUGUGUGUAUCCAAAACCUGAUGUAUCUUAUUCCUCUGUGAAGUAGACCUUGGCUGCACUGGAUAACAUGUUCGAAAUUUGGCCACAUUAGUUUGUUUAGAAACGGCUCCAAAAACUAAUAUCAGCGAUCAUGUUUUCAGUCUCCAGAGAGUAGUUCUGUGUACAGGUUUGCUCGCUUGUUGUGCAUAUGUGGAUUAAAACUUCUUGACUUUGAAUUACAGCAUACAUUUCUCAAAGAACUAUAGUAAGAAGUCAAGAGGUCGUGACAUGUAGCACAACAAGCUAGUGAACCGCGUUCCUGCACAUGCUCAGUAGCGUCUGACUUACACAGAACAACUCUCCAGAGACCGAAAACGUGAUCGCUGAUAUAUAUUUUGGAGCCGUUUCUAAACAAACGAACGUGACAAAACUCUUCAUAAUGCAGGAACAUGUAUCUACAGCACAGAGGGAUAAUAUGUCAGGCUUUGGCUACACACACAAUACUUGCUAGUAGAUCAGUUAAUUGUUGGCUUGGAUCCGAACGUGAGAUGUGUUGACGGGAAGAAAUAUCUAGCAAAUCACCAGAAUGAUCCUUCAUGAUUCACACUUUGAGGCUAUUUUGAGCUUUUAAACCGUCUGGAGUUUUUUUUUCCAUUUGAAUUUGAAUUCCACUAAUCAUCAGUCUCAUGGUUUUCUUCCUCAUCAUGACCAAACUUUCCUCUCCUCCUCCUCCUCCUCCUCCUCUGCUUCUCGGGUCUUGGCUGUACUGAAGAUGAAUUUGUGGGUUUUGGGGGUUACAGUUGAAGGGGAUUUGUGUCGGUUACUGAAAUAAUAUUUGUAAUAUUAAUGAGAAUCUGGUGUCAGGAAGUGGAGACCACGUAAAAGCUGGUAUUUGUGGUUUCCAUCUUGGUGCUUAUGUGUAUAUUGGAGGCACUUGACACACACACAUAUGAAUAUAAAUGUAUAAUUUCUUUUGGACAACACAGUCAUUAAGUGCCAAGUACAGUUAUUCUAGCUGGAUCUUAUUUUUGGUCGUCCUUUUUAUGUUUUUGUUUAUAGCAUAACUGCCAACCGCUGAUUUAAAUAAAGCAAAGUGAUUUAUA